CUCAGCUUUCGUCUAAAUUAGAAAUGGAAAAGUUUGUUCGAAAACUGUUCAAAAACUCUCCAAACGUAGGAGCCCUGACUCAGAAGAUCGUCAGACAGAAAUAUCUGGAGCACUUUAAUAUACAAACCCUGGUACAACAAGACAAAGAAAAACUAAAAGAAGCUGUGUUGAAGAUCUAUAAUGAAGGUGUCCUACCACAAGAAGAACAGGAAGAUGUGGCAAGGAAGAAAUCUGCUAAGCAGUCUCCUUUUAGAACGAAACAAGAUGAAGAAAAUGAGAAAAGGAUGCAAAGAGAGGAAGAUGGUGAACAUGACCAAUGGAAACCAAAAAAAUAUAAAAGUGCAAUGGACACUCCAACCAAACACAAGAAAGCAAAGAAGGAAAAAACUCCAACUCGCAAGAACAUCAAGAUUUCCCCAAGGCUGAAACCAGAAGAUGUGCUAACCGCAAUUAGUAAUUCAGACCCAGAAUCAGAGGCUAGCUCUGAAUCAGAGGAUGAAAUUGAAAGUGAGGCUGGAAGUGAAAGUGAGGCUGAAAGUGAAGUGUCUGACAAAUCCGACCAAUCGGAUGAUGGUGUUGUUCAACAUGGUAAAAGAAAACGUAAGAUAUCUGAGAGUGACGAAAGUGACACUAUGUCUCCUUUCAAAGAAACACUUAUAAGUGAAUCUGAAUCCAAUGCGAGCUCCGUAGUCGAAAAUGAUUUGUCAGAUGACUCAGAAUUCAACUCACCUCUCAAAACUAUCAAAUCAAAAAUCAAAAAACGAAAAAGAAAACAAUUAAGUUCCAGUGAGGAGGAUUCUGAUGUUUCCCAUAAUGCAGUAGGCAGUGCAGACGACAGCAAACAAAAUACCAAAAAGAAACUGAAUAAAGCACCACCUGCUAAAAAACUGAAAAUGCCGUCAAAAACACAAAAUCAGCCAGACAAUGAUCCAUUGGACUGGUCAAGUUCAGAUGACGAUGCUUUAAAACCACCAACCAAUAAAAAACAGCGACAUGAUUCCAGUGACUCAAAUUCAGAUAAAACUCCAAUGAAUUCACCUGCCAAAAAAACGACAAAGCCUAAAGUGAAUAACAAACCAAAGAUGAGAAAACAUACUAGUAAUUCUGAAAAUGAAGAGAACUCAUCUGAUUGGUCGAGUUCAGAUGAUGACACUUUAAAACCAUUGACCAAUAAAAAACAGCAUCGUCAUUCCAAUGAUUCAAAAUCAGAUAACACUCCAAUGAAUUCACCAGCUAAGAAAUCGACAAAAACUAAAAUAAACAAUAAUUUAAAAAAAAGAAAAAUGGAAAAUGGUUCUGACAGUGAGAAUUCUUCUGACUCCUUAGCAUCAUCAGAUAGUGAAAUUGAAAAUAAGAAAUUAAAGAAAGCUUCAAGAAAGAAGAAGGAUACUAAAUCGAAAGCAGCUGUUUCUAAAAAGACGACAUCAUCAAAGCCUUCUCAAGUGACUUCUGGUAAAUUACAGAAACUACAAAAGAUUUGUCGAGAAGCUGGCCUCUGGUACGUCCACCUGUUCAAAGAAUGCACAACUGCCAGAGAAAAAGAAACCAAAAUAUUAGAUUUCUUGGCUGAAAAGGGUUUCAAAGGGACACCAACCCUUCAAGCAGCCCAGGAAUAUAAACUGAAGAAGGAACUUGCAGAUCUUGGAUCAGAGAGCAUAAUUGACUCAGGUCGUGGUAAGAGAAAAGUACAAAGUCUUUACAAUCGAACAACAAACACCUCAACCCACGAUGAACACCUUCCUGCGAACACUUCUCCUACUAUGAAGUAUACUCCAGUUAAAGAAAAAUUCAAGAAUCUAAAAGGAAUCAUAGACUCAGAUAGUGAGUCAGAAUAGACUAAAAUAGGCCUAGGUGAUAGAGAGGCAUAGGUGAUAGAGAGGCCUAGGUGAUAGAGAGGCCUAGGUGAUAGAGAGGCACGGUUGAUAGAGUGCUACCAUUUGAAAUACAUGCAGCGUAUUCUCUCUUAAAAGCACACAGUGCACUCUGGAAAUCAACAUGGAAAAUAGUGAAAUAUUGAGAAAUCCUAGACUGCACAUAAUCUGUACAGACAUAUUUAGGGAAAAAAUAUUGCUGAUAAUCAAAUACAAUAAUUCAACUUCUUUUUAGUUGUUAUCACUUCAGUAUGGCUUCCAUUUUACUUUCUUUAUAUCAAAUGAAAUCAAGAAGAUCCAAAAGCUCUGAGCCCUGCUGGAAAGAGUAAAAUCGCAUUUGUUUGCAAGUCGAUUUUUCUAUGAAUGUAUUCGUCUUAAAAGCUGCAUUUGUGCCUUUUGGUGAAUAUGCAGUCUUUAGAAAGAAUACAAUACUCUGUAUUUCCAUCCUGUAGCUUUACUGCCCUCUCACUUUUACAAAUGAUUUACAGCUUUGGUGCUAAUCUUUUAAGACCAAUAAAAUUAAGCUUCUUAAUAUGAAGUGUGUUUUGAGUUUCCAACUUUUUUUGUGGACAGUGUUCAUUGGUUGGUGUAUGUAACAAAUGGCAGGUGGUGACAUUUUGAAUG